UUCCCCGAAUGCUUUGCGGUCGCGUUGCUAUGGCUCGGAGGUGUUGCUAUGGGCCGCGGGGCUCUUUGAUGUCUGGAGUUUUCGGAGGCCGCGGGGUGGUCGGAGGUUCAGAAAUGCGGUCGAUCAAGUCAAGAUCCUGAGAUUUCUUUUACACAAAGAGUAAAAGUAAGAGUCUGAGAAUCUUCUGUGACAGGGCCCAUGAGGACCUCCAUCUGUAGAGAUGACCAGCCCUUUCAAAGCAGCUUUGUGCCUUUCUCUGGUUUAUCUCUGCUUUCCGGUUGUUUCAAUGCCUUAAACGUCUUUGGACGAAGACCACUUCCUUCCACCGGAUACUGAUAGCUCAAGUUUUGUGGGAACUGAGAUGAUCUGAACUCCCCACUGAUUUCUUCUGGUGUGCCAACAUGUGGAUGCUGGGAUGCUGCUCUGCUGAUACCCCAUUAAUUAGUCUUUCUACCUGGAAACAUUAUUGAUGAUUGUGAGGCUUAGCUUGAAUGAACACACUUGGUUGCCAAGUACCACAGGAACUGCAAGAAUGGAGACCCCAGAGGGUUUUGCUGUGAAGGGCACUGCCACCCUCCCUGGCAGGUCAGAUGGCUUUGGUCGACCCCACAGAUGCCAGGAAUUGAGGAAAAUGAAUCCCACGGGCAAGGAGAACUCCAAGCCCCUUCUUAAUGACACUUUGAAGUUUCCCCCAGAGGAACUGGGCCAUGGAGUGCAGGGCCCUGAGGUGGAGUUUCUGCCGAGACCCCCCACCAAACCUAAACCCCCGAGGCAGCAAAAACUCCACCGUGGGUUCUCAAUGGAAGGGAGGGUCCUGUCGAGGAAACCCCAAAGCAGCCAAGAGAGCUCGUCUGAACCGACUGACUCAGAGUCCUCCUGUGGAUCGGUCUGCCAGGAAAGCUCUGUGUCUUCCAGCCUGUGCCACACAGUGCAGGGCGAGCGGGGCCUGCUGUCUAACUGCGUCAAGGUCCCUUCUCAAGGUGGUAGGACAGGCACUGCUGGAGACCAGCAGGACAGGCCGGCCUUGAACUCGGACUCAGAAACCAACCACCCUGUGCUGGACAGGCACCUCCAUCGUGCCAAAAGGAGGUUAUCCCCAGUGAUGCCCACGAGGCCGCUCCCUCCUAUGGAGAUCAAUCUCUCCUGCUCAGCACUAAGAACAGCUAAUCGCAUUGACCAGGAUUAUGUAGAUUACAAUCGCUUGUCUCAGAGUGAUUUGCAGAGUCAGCACAGCCUGACUAACCAAGAGAGCUCCUUGCUGGACACCACCUCUGUCCUGUCCAUGAAAUCCACCAGCAGCCUGCUGUGUCGGGUGCGGACCGAAGACCUGCGCAGGAGGAGUUACCUGGAGGGCAGCCUGCUGGCUUCAGGGGCACUGUUAGGUGGUGAGGAGCUGGAACGGUAUUUCCCAGACCGGAGAGUCGGGAUAUUUAUCACCACGUGGAACAUGCAGGGCAGAAAGGAACUUCCGGAUAGUCUGAAUGACUUCCUCCUGCCUUGUGACUGCGAUGUCACUCAGGACAUGUACAUCAUUGGUAUUCAGGAAAGCAUCUCAGACAGGCGAGAGUGGGAGAUUCGUUUACAGGAGACGCUGGGGCCCCAUUACGUUCUGUUGUACUCUGCUUCACAUGGAGUGCUGCAUCUCGCUGUGCUGAUCAGAAGGGACCUCAUCUGGUUCUGCUCAGAAGUGGAACACGCAACAGUCACAACGCGCAUCGUCUCCCAAAUCAGGACGAAAGGAGCCGUGGGAGUUUCCUUCACCUUCUUUGGGACUUCCUUCCUCUUCAUCACUUCCCACUUUACCUCCGGGGAGGGCAAAGUCUACGAGAGGAUUCUGGAUUAUAAUAAAAUUGUGGAAGCGCUGGCUUUACCCAGGCUCCUCCCAGACACCAACCCCUACAAGUCAGACCCUUCUGACGUCACGACCCGUUUCGAUGUUGUGUUCUGGUUCGGAGACUUCAAUUUUCGCCUCAACAAGGAGCGGAAGGUAAUUGACCACCUCCUGCGGCAGGACUCCAAUGCCAGUGUGUCCGGGCUGAUGGUGUAUGACCAGCUGACCAAGAAACUACAGGAAGGUUCCAUAUUUAAAGGCUUCCGAGAAGGCACUGUCCAGUUUCUACCAACUUACAAGUUCGAUAUCGGGUGUGACGUGUACGACAGCAGCUCAAAGCAAAGGACUCCUUCCUACACAGAUCGAGUUUUAUAUAAAUGCCGUCACAAAGAUGAAGUCCACAUGGUUAAGUAUGGAUGUUGCCAGACGAUUAAGACAUCAGACCACAGGCCAGUGUAUGGAUGCUUUAAAGUGAAGUUGCGGCCUGGAAGAGACAACAUUCCUCUUGGUGCUGGCCAGUUUGAGAGGGAGAUCUACCUGGAGGGAAUCAAACGGCGAUUCUCUCGAGAAAUGAGUAAACGAUCUUCAAGAGCACAAAGAAACAGCGCGGUGUGUACAGUGUCAUGAUGACAGCCCUAUACGGGAGGUACCGUGUAGCUCCCGCUGGGAGAGCGUGGCCGGAGCCCAGAGGUCGCCGAGAAUCUGCCGACUUUACGGGAUGGUGUUCUUUGGCCGGAACCAGAAUUGGAAUCUCUAACCUCUUCCCAGCGGCCCCCAGCCAGGCAGCGUUAGCAGAGCUGGGAGAUUCCGUAAGUCAGGACUAUAAUCAGCCAUGUACAAAUCUGUUCCCUUAAUUACCAUUUUUGUUCCAAGAAAUAAUUUAUUGUUGUUUGUCUGACCCCACCCAACUCCCACCCUUCAGUAUUUAGAGAACAUUAAACGUGUUUUGUACCAAUGUUAAUGAAUAAACUGGACUCUGCAGAUGGGGAGGCAGCUUCCACAAAGCGUCCCUAAAACCCAAGUUGAGAGAGAGGGAGUGCUGGAGG